AUGCUGCCCACCACCACUACAACGACUUCAGACGCUAUGGAGGCCUUCUUGAAGGAGGCGGAAGAGGACGAGGACGAGGAGUUGUAUAUACCACGUAAAUUUAGGAAGAAGGGGAGCAGCCACAGGCCCCUGCCUAGUAAGAGUGGCUAUGAGGCAUCAGCAUCGUCGACUCCCAGCGAGUCUCCAGUAGAAGAGGAGGAGGAAGAGGCGCCCGUCGUCGUCCUCCCGACUGGUGGACCUUCGCUGUCGGCACAACAGUCCCGAUCGCUACUGUUCGAGGCAAUGAAGAUGAAGAAGGCUCAUGAUGAUAUGCCAGAGGAGGCUAAAGCUGAGGAGGAGAAGAGAGCCAAGGAGGAGCGUGAGCGUAACAUUCUGAAGGAUAUAGAAGACAGUAUGUCUAAGCCGCUGACUAGUGUGGUGGAGCGUGCCAAAGGGAUCACUUACGAUAUGAGCAUGCCCAACAUAGCUGGCUGGACUUUACCGAGAAAAUAUAGGCAAAUGACGGAGGAGGAGGCACAGGCCAUUCGAGACAAGUUCUUCAUCGAGGUGAAUGGAGAUGAUGUUUGCCCGCCUAUAAAGUCGUUCAAGGAAAUGCUCUUCCCCCAGGGCAUAUUGGAGGCUCUAAAGAGUAAGGGUAUAUCGAGGCCGACCCAGAUCCAGAUGCAAGGCUUACCUGAGGCUCUAUUAGGAAGAGACCUCAUUGGUAUCGCCUUCACUGGUAGUGGUAAAACGCUGGUGUUUGCCAUACCUGCUAUUCUGAGAGCGAUGGAAAUGGAGAUGAGAGCUCCAGUGACGGACAGUGAGGGACCUUUCUGUCUACUUAUCGCGCCUAGUAGGGAACUAGCACAACAGACUCACGAGGUGGUCGAAUAUUAUGCAUCCUACUUGACCGGCCUACCAUCGAGUCGGUCUCGCCAUAGGUUGCCGCGACUACGAUGUCAGUUGUGCAUUGGAGGGGAAUCUUUAGGGCGGCAGGCUGCUAACGUUAGAAGGGGCGUGCAUAUUGUUACAGCGACACCAGGGCGGCUGAACCAUAUGCUCAAUGAGAAGAUGUUUACCCUAGCCCAGUGUGUGUACAUCUGCCUGGAUGAGGCCGACAGAAUGGUCGAUCUUGGAUUCGAGGAUGAGGUGCGUAACACUUUGGACCACUUUGGGCACCAGAGGCAGACGUUACUCUUCUCUGCGACGAUGCCUCGAAAAAUUCAAGAGUUCGCUACGUCGGCGUUGGUCAAUCCGGUGACCAUCAACGUUGGACGGGCAGGAGCAGCCAAUUUGGAUGUUGUUCAGGAGGUUGAAUACGUGAAAGCCGAGAGUAAGCUGACGUAUCUUCUCCAAUGCCUCCAGAAGACGGCGCCACCUGUUAUGGUAUUCUGCAGCGAUAAGGCGAGUUGUGAUGAAGUCUUAGAAUACCUCCUUCUGAAGGGUGUCGGUGCUUGCGCAAUACAUGGUGGGCUGGAACAGAGUGAACGGCACAAGAGUACACGUCUAUUCAAGAGCGGAGCGAAGGAUGUUUUAAUCGGCACUGAUGUUGCAUCUAAGGGUCUCGACUUCCCUGCUAUCCAACAUGUCAUCAACUAUGAUAUGCCCAAGGAGAUAGAGAACUAUGUCCAUAGGAUAGGAAGGACUGGUCGAUGUGGGCGUACUGGAGUCGCGACAACCUUUAUUAAUAAGAGCGUCGAUGAAACGGUACUAUUAGAUUUGAAGGCCAUCCUAGAGGAGGCCGGUCAGCGAGUACCUCCCUUCCUCGAGCACUUGGAGGCAGUUGGUGGAGAGGACACUGCUGAGGUUGUGAAUGGCGUUCGUGGAUGUGCCUAUUGUGGAGGACUCGGGCAUCGUAUCAAGGACUGCCCUAAAUUGGAGCAGGCUCGACGCCAGACCAGCCGACCGAGUGAUGAGCCCAUUGGUGGUCAAGAUUGGUGA